AUCUGUCAUUUUGAGAAAAAACCUGUCAGUAGUGUCAAAUUGUCAAUGGAAAAGUCUGGAAUAUCGCGGUAUCGGAAAUAGGCGAUUUGCAUGCGUUUGUGUUGAAAAUCGAAAAUUUUAGAAAGGGAAUUUCUCGUCGUUUCUUGUAUUUUGUGGCCUAAGGCUUGGAGGCAGGCCAGGUCAGUCGGCCAUAUCUGGCGCUGGUGCUGGCCGCUCCGAGAACCGAGAUCGACAGUAUACCACCGUGGUAUCAUGCGAUAAAUUUCUUAUCAAGUGGUGCAGCGUUUGAUAAGAGUGUGGGGAAAUGUCUGUUUAACAAACAGGGGUGAAGGUGCAACUUAGGGGUAGUUUAAAUAAUGUGUCGCUUGAAGAAGAGUCACAAAUGGGAAAAAAAUUUAGGUAUGUAAAUGUCUGUAUUAAUUGCAAGUUGGAGUACCGUCAAAAAUGCUUAACUCUUGCUGUUAUAUUAUCAAGUGGUAUUAAAAACUAGUGCAAACCAUAGAAAUGGCUAGUACGUUUGAUCAUGAGGAUAAGGAUAGCUGGUAUUUUGGUCCAAUUAGCAGGAAAGAAGCCACCGAUUUGCUUAUGGCAGAACGAGGAGGUGGUGUUUUCUUAGUGCGUGAUAGUGCUACUUGUGUUGGAGACUUUGUAUUGUGUGUAAAGGAAGACAGUAAAGUGAGCCAUUACAUAAUUAAUAAAAUGCAAGAAUCGCAACAAAUUAAGUAUAGGAUUGGAGAUCAAAUUUUUGCAGAUUUACCAAGCUUACUUUCAUUCUAUAAGCUUCAUUAUUUAGAUACAACACCACUUAUUAGACCUGCUUCUAAAAAAAUAGAGAAAGUUAUCGCUAAGUUUGAUUUUGAGGGUCAGGAUCCUGAUGAUCUAGUCUUUAGAAAAGGGGAGAUCCUUACAAUUGUCGCAAAAGAUGAAGAGCAAUGGUGGACUGCCGUGAAUAGUGCUGGACAAAGAGGAUCUAUCCCUGUUCCAUAUGUACAAAAGUAUGAAGAAGGACAAGCUCCUGAAAUUCCUAGGCCUGGUUCAGGAGGUAGUGUAACAAGUUCGACGCAACAGCAAGCUGAAACUGCCAUGAAACGAAGUCAGAUGCAACGAAAACUUCCAGCAAAAGCACGAGUGAAACAAGUACGUGUACCAAACGCUUACGAUAAAACCGCUUUAAAACUGGAAAUUGGGGAUAUUAUCACUGUUACGAAGACUAACAUAAAUGGACAGUGGGAAGGGGAGUUAAAUGGGAAAACCGGCUAUUUUCCUUUUACACAUGUAGAAUUUUUAGAUAAUGAUAAUGAAAUUUAGUGUUUUUUAUUGAUUAUAUUAUUGUAUAAAUGCUCCAUUCUGCUGUAUAUUUAUUAAAUUUAUUUGGCACUAACAUACAAUGUUUAUCUUGAUUACAAGCUAUUUGUGUUGUUAAUAUCGAAUUGUAUUUUUAUUAAUUACAUAUCAAUAUUUACAUAAAUGGAAUUUAUUCUUCAAUGAG